AUGCUAACGUUCUUUCUUUUAACUCUUCCUUUUAUCGUUUCUUUUUUCAUGUUAAUGUUUCUUUCUUUUCUCUCUUCCUUUCAUCGUUUCUUUUUUCAUGUUAAUGUUUCUUUCUUUUAUCUCUUCUCUUUAUCGUUUCUUUUUCAUGUUAACGUUCUUUCUUUUCUCGUCUUUUUUAUCGUUUCUUUUUUCAUGUUAACGUUUUUGCUUUUCUCUUUUCCUUUUAUCGUUUCUUUUUUCAUGUUAACGUUCUUUCUUUUCUCUCUUCUUUUUAUCGUUUCUUUUUUCAUAUUAACAUUUCUUCCUUUUCUCUCUUCCCUUUAUCGUUUCUUCUUUCAUGUUAACGUUUCUUUCUUUUCUCUCUUCCUUUUAUCGUUUUUGCUUUUCUCUCUUUCCUUUAUCGUUUUUUUUCAUAUUAUCAUUUGUUUUUUUUUCUCUCUUCCCUUUAUCGUUUCUUUUUCAUGUCAACGUUUUUUCUAUUCUCUUCCUUUUUAUCUUUUCUUUUUUCAUAUUAACGGUUCUUUCUUUUCUCUCAUCCUUUUUAUCGUUUUUUUCAUAUUAACGUUUCUUUAUUUUCUUUCUUUCCUCUAUCGUUUCUUUCUUGUAUUUUUCGUUCAUUUUAACGUUCUUUCUUUCUUUCUUUCUUUCUCCUCAUAUUUAACGUGUUUUUUUUCGUUGAUCCUUUCUUCCAUUCUAUAUUAUUUUAAUGUAUCUUUCUUUUUUAUUUUUCGCUUUCUUUUUGAUUUGUUUCCUACUUUCUUUUCAUUUUCAUUUUUACAUCACUAUUUUCUUUCUUACUUCAUCCCUUUCGUUUUUAUAGUUUUUUUUUCUGCUAUUUUUACGUUUCUUUUUCUGUUCAUUAUAAUGUUUCUUUCAUGCUUUUGCCAAUUCUUUCUUUCAUCCCCUUUCUUGUUAAUAUUUCUUUCAUUUUUUUUUUCUUUCAAUUAUUAUUCAUCCAUUUUAUCCCUCUGUUUCUUUUUCAUAAUUUCUUUCUUUCUUUUUUUUCUAUCUUUAUUCUCCCCUCUCUCCCAACGUUACAUUUUCACAUUACUCUCUUUCUGUCUUUCUUUCUUUUAUUCUUUCUUACGUUUUUUUCUUUUUUUUUUACACUUUUUUUUUCUUUCUUUUUUUUUUCUUUCUUUCUUUUUUCUUUCUUUCUUUCUUUCUUUCUUUUUUUUCUUUCUUUCUUUCUUUCUUUCUUUCUUUCUUUCUUUCUUUUUUCUUUCUUUCUUUUUUCUUUCUUUCUUUUUUCUUUUUCUUUCUUUCUUUCUUUUUCUUUCUUUUCUUUCUUUCUUUCUUUCUUUCUUUUUUCUUUUUUCUUUUUUUUCUUUCUUUCUUUCAUUCUUUUUGUUUUCUUUUUUCUUUUUUUUCUUUCUUUCUUUCAUUCUUUUUGUUUUCUUUUUUCUUUUUUUUCUUUCUUUCUUUCAUUCUUUUUGUUUUCUUUUUUCUUUUUUUUCUUUCUUUCUUUCAUUCUUUAUUUCUUUCUUUUUCUUUCUUUCUUUCUUUCUUUCUUUCUUUUUCUUUUUCUUUUUUUCCUUUUUUUUUUCUUCUUCUUUCUUUUUUUCGUUUUUUCCUAUUUUGUAUUACUUCUUCUUUCUCGUUUUUCUUUCUUGUCUCAUCUUAACGAUAUUUUCUUUAUAUAUUUCUCCUUUUGCUUUUCAUUCUUCCUCUAUUUUACCGUUAAUUACUUUUACUUUUACUCGUUUUGAUUUAUUCUCUGUAUUCAAUUUUUGCAGCUUUCUCUAUAUAUUUUAUGACGUCUUUCUUUCUUUCUUUUUUCUUUCUUUCUUUCUUUCUUUCUUUCUUUCUUUCUUUCUUUCUUUCAGUCAUUCUUUCUUUCAUUAUUUCUUUCUGUCAUUCUUUUUUCUUUCUUUCUUUCUUUUUUUUCUUUCUUUCUUUCUUUCUUUUUUCUUUCUUUCUUUCUUUCUUUCUUUCUUUCUUUCUUUCUUUCAGUCAUUCUUUCUUUCAUUAUUUCUUUCUGUCAUUCUUUUUUCUUUCUUUCUUUCUUUUUUCUUUCUUUCCUCCUCUCUUGUUUUUUGUCUGUCUAUUAAGUCUUUUUACUACCUUUCUAUUUUCAUAUACAUGUUUACAUUUCUCUCUCUCUCUCUCUCUCUCUCUCUCUCUGUAUAUAUUAUAUAUAUAUAUAUAUUAUAUAUACAUAUAUAUAUAUAUGUCACUCUGUUCUUAUCUAUCUAUCUAUCUAUCUAUCUAUCUAUCUAUCUAUCUAUCUAUCUACGUUGCAAAAUCAUCUAUCUAUCUAUCUAUCUAUCUAUCUAUCUAUUUAUCUAUCUAUCUAUCUAUCUAUCUAUCUCUUUCCCUCUGUCUCUCAGUCUCUUCAUAUCUAUGUAUAUAACUACUAUCUGCCUACGGAUAGAUGUGUUUAUUAAGAGAUUAUCUAUCUAUCUAUCUAUCUAUCUAUCUAUCUAUCUAUCCCAUCUGUUCUAUCUAUCUAUCUAUCUAUCUAUCUAUCUAUCUAUCUAUCUAUCUAUCUAUCCCUGGUUUUUCAUUAUCUAUCUAUCUAUCUAUCUAUCUAUCUAUCUAUCUAUCUAUCUAUCUUUUUUUCCUCUAUCUCUCAAUGUGUUUAUUAAGAGACUUUCUAUCUAUCUAUCUAUCUAUCUAUCUAUCUAUCUAUCUGCCAGUAUGAAGAGAUUAUCUAUCUAUCUAUCUAUCUAUCUAUCUAUCUAUCUCUUUCUAUCUCUCCCUCUCCAACUAUCUAUCUAUCUAUCUAUCUAUCUAUCUAUCUAUCUAUCUAUCUGCCAGUAUGAAGAGAUUAUGUAUGUAUGUAUGUAUGUAUCUAUCUAUCUAUCUAUCUGUCUAUAA